UGUGCGUUUUCAACUAACUUUGGGAACUCUUAAGACCCGGCUUCGCGCCCAGCGGAGCCUCGCCUCCACCUUGGUUUCCCGCGCCCUGCCUGACCUGUUCGGUACCUCCUCUUCCUCCAGGCUAAGGAUGGAGGAUCCCUUCAGCCACUCAACUCCGGCGCCGGCACCCAACCUCUCCGUACCCAUCUCGCUGGCCUGGGGUCUCAACCUGACUUCCGGACAGGGAGCCCCAGUCCCGGGGCCGCCGCCGCCGCCGCCGCCGCCGCCGUCCGGGCCGCCCAGCCGCCGCGUCCGCCUGGUCUUUCUGGGGGUCAUCCUGGUGGUGACGGUGGCCGGCAACGCUACGGUGCUGUGCCGCCUGUGCGGGGGCGGCGGGCCCUGGGCAGGUCCCAAGCGUCGCAAGAUGGACUUCCUGCUGGUGCAGCUGGCCUUGGCCGACCUGUAUGCGUGCGGGGGCACCGCGCUGUCGCAGCUGGCCUGGGAGCUGCUAGGCGAGCCGCGCAGGGCCGCAGGCGACCUGGCGUGCCGCUUCGUGCAUCUGCUACGGGCAUCCGGCCACAGCGCGUCGGCCCACCUCGUGGCGCUCAUUGCCCUCGAACGCCAGCGCGCCGUGCGCCGUCCACAGGACCCGCCGCUGCCCGCGCGCGCCCUCGCCGCCCUGGGCUGGCUGCUGGCGCUGCUGCUGGCGCUGCCCCCGGCCUUCGUGGUGCGCGGGGGCGCCCCCUCGCAGCCGCCCGCCGCGCCCCCAGCCGCCCGCGCCUGGCCGGGGGAGCGUCGCUGCCGCGACAUCUUCGCGCCGCUACCGCGCUGGCACCUGAGGGUCUACGCGCUCUAUGAGGCCGUCGCAGGCUUCGUGGCGCCGGUCGCCGUUAUGGGCAUCGCUGGCAGCCGCCUGCUCUGCGCCUGGCGGCAGCGCCCACCCCAGCCCACAUCGGCCGCGGCGCCCAGGUCGGCCAGUCCCGGCCAAGCCCCCGCGCCCAACGCGCUGCCCCGCGCCAAGGUCCAGAGCCUGAAGAUGAGCCUGGUGCUGGCGCUGCUGUUCGUGGGGUGCGAGCUGCCCUACUUCGCUGCCCGGCUGGCGGCCACGUGGUCGUCUGGGCCGGUGGGAGACUGGGAGGCCGAGGACUUAGCGGUGGCGCUGCGCCUCCUGGGGGUGGCCAACAGCGCUCUCAAUCCCUUCGUCUACCUCUUCUUCCAGGCAGGCGACUGUCAGCUCCGGCGGCGCUGGCGGAGGCGCCUGGGUGCAGUGUGCUGCCCUCGGGAGGGAGUCGCGGAGGACGACGAGGGCGCCCAGGGCCACCAGGCGCUCCACCGCCACCGCUGGCCCCACCCACAUUAUCACCACGCUCGGCGGGAGCAGCCGGAGGAGGGUUACUUGCGCCCACCCCCGCCGCGUCCCUGGUCGCGGCCCUGCUCCUGCGAAAGCGUCUUCUAGGUGUUCGAUGGCCAGAGACAGGUCAUCUGUCGCUGCGGCACCGCCUCCACGGCACACGAGGCCAGCCGGGCUUUAUCUAGAUCACAACCGUCAGUACGGUCUCCAAGAGCGUUACACUGAAGCUGUCCCUGUCCUCCACUCCCCUAUUACAUUUCUUUCUAAUGUUUACAUUUUUCUACACUCUUCCGGGUUCUUUUCUCCUUUUCAGUUCUCACAUUUCCCCAUCUGGAGACAGAGAGUGAGCCAUUUAUUUGUAAAAGCAAAGUUACAGAGUUAUUUUUGUAGUUCUUUUUCACUCCCAUAGCGUUCUGGAUAAGACCAUUUGCUUUAGUUAAAUUGCCAAGCGUUCAUUAUUUGCUGUGUUAUCAUCUGUUUUUACUUAUUUGGGGUCGUGUUUAACUGUAGCUUGGGGACCAGAGAAUGUGCCUCUCUUUCUGGGAGGAAUAUCCUCACAUUGCCCUCCCUGAGGAGCCGGGAAAUUGUACCAGUGAUACUGUCAGAAAUGUAAUCUUGCUGUCACUUCAGAGCCACAGAGUAUUUGUAAAAUAAAAACAUUUCCCACAGAGCAA